UUCAGUUUAUUUUGUAUAGCCCAAAAUCACAAAUUACAAAUUUGCCUCAGAGGGCUUUACAAUCUGUACACAUACGACAUCUCUGACCUUUGACCUCACAUCGGGUCAGGAAAAACUCCCAAGAUAUAGAAAAAAACCUUUCCGGGGGUUAAAAAGGGAAGAAACCUCCAGAAGAGCAACAGAGAAGGAUCCCUCUCCCCCGGAUGGACAGAGGCAAUAGAUGUCAUGUGUACAGAUGACGUGCAACUAUGGGGAGGACAUACAUUAAUACAUCAUGUGUGUGUGUAGUGUGGAUUGUUGAUGUGUUUGCACUGCGGAUUAUGGCUCAAAAGACUAACAAUGAAAUGUGGAGCCUCAAUGGUCAAUCCAUACAUGUUGUAAGACAGCUUUUAAUAAACAAAUUACAAAACUCUUUGAAGAAUUCAUUCCCUGUAACCCUCUACAUCCCAAAAAUUCAAGUCAAGAGCUGGAAGUGUAUUUGUGAAAGUAUUUAAACUCUAGUCUAAAAUGGAAAUAAAUGUUAAGUCAACACAGCUGCAAAAGGUGAAGCAGCACCGAAGAAUAUGUCCUUAAACUCCAGUCAUAAACUUGAUGAAAUAGAAGUAGCCUAAGUGUCGGGAUGUCAAACCCUGGAACUCAAGCUCGACAGAGUGACCAUUCCUGUCCCAUUUCAGACAGCUGUAACAGUUCACUACUUUACACUCCCACACACACAGUCAUAACACAUCAUGUAGCAGUUCAUAAUGAAAUGUUAGAAUUGUACAAGAUUGGAUUACUGUAAGUUACCAGAGUACAUGUUUAAGAAAAAACAAAAGGGUCAAUUGAAAUAUUUCUCAACCACUGAUGCACCCAAAUACAGAAAAAGAAAAAAACACGGAGAACCUCUCUGCAUGACAUCUCCCUGACAGGUGGCAUGUUGAAAGGAGGCUGAGACACAAGAACCCACAAAGCAGCCGGGCUUAUGAAUCCUGAGUAACAUGUAUAAGGUAGCAACAUAGCCCUGGAAGUAUGAAGAACUUCACUGUUGGGCCAGUUUUCUGUAGGCCACAUUACAUAGAGGGUCUUGGUUUUACCAGCAUAAAGCGAUGAAGGGAAUACAAGUUAUAUUUCAGGGCAUCUUCUCAGCUGGUAUGUGCUGGUGAGUCAAUAACGAUGGCAUGUAACAUAGGUUUACUUUACCAAUCGAUGCCUGACGUAUAAAGAUAGUCAAACACUGCCAUCUAGUGGCGGCACCGGGAACCUUCUGUCCCCGGAACGUUGGGAGCUUUUGUUUUCUUCGGAGUUAUUAAGGUGCAGGACCGUGUUAGCCGAUGGCCUUCGGGAGCUAACUUAGAGCUAACACAACCCACCGAAAGCCAGAUAAACCGCCUUUGUAUCGCAGUCGUGUCCGCUUUUGAGUCCGCAUGUUGUCUCGCAAACAGAAGCGCGUGUGGAAAUACGUGGAGGAGGGCGGCCUGCUGAAGCUGAAGUCGUAUCUGCGGAAGCACCGGGACCUGGACCUGAACUUCUCCCAGGGCAAGAGGAAGAGGAGCCCGCUGCACUUGGCCUGCAGCCUGGGAGACGACGCUACGGUCCGGCUGCUGCUCAAGCACGGAGCCGAUGUCCUCCAGAAGGACCGCAAAGGAGACACGACGCUCCACGUCGCGGUCAACAGGGCUCUGAAACACGGGAAAACAGCGUUUGAAGACCUGGUUGUGCCGCUCAAAGAGAGCUGCCCCGGAGCCCUGCAUGCGCCAAACAGCGCCGGGGUCACGCCUCAAGAUCUCCUGGACUGGAGGAAAAAGAAAACUGUUUGCACUGCCGGAAACAUGAGCCGCCCAUCUGAAAAAGACCCUGAGAAGGAGUGGAUGGAAAAGCUGUUUGGUGAAUGCGAGGACGAAUUCUGCGAAACCUUCGGAGUCUAUGAUGCUGAUGAUUUUCUUCCUGUAGACGAUGACGAGGAAGACUUCGGGGACUGGUCUGACCGCAUCCGAAAAGAAUAUUUUGAUAAAAAGCACGCCGAAGCUCAAAGACUGGCAGCGUCGUCUUCUGGGUGGAAAAAGAAGAAGAAGAAGAGCGAACAAGAGAGCGAGCAGGAAGCGCAAAGCCAGAAGGAGCUGCUCGAGAGGCUGCAGAGGGAGCACGCAGAGUAUCUGGCGCGAGCGGCGCGCAAAGAGGAAGAGACUCGGCAGGGGAAGAAGCGCAGUUACGACGAGAGGUGCGCCGCAACCUUUAGCGGCGGCUCUUCGUCUGGCGUGACGAAGCUGAGCUACAGCGACAUCCCCUGGCCAGCUCCUCGGGGUACAGUGCAGGAGAUGCUGGACGUGAUGCUGCACGGCGUGGACAGGAAGGACGUGCCGGUGUUCCGUAAAAUGCUCCUGAAGCAGCAAACGCUGUGGCACCCGGAUAAAUUUGCUCAGCGCUGUGAAGCUCGAUUAGAGGAGGAGGACAAGCAGCGGAUCCUGGACACGGUGACAGCGCUGUCGCAGGAGCUCAACAGGCUGGCCCACAGUCUGAAAUCUAGCAAAUAGCACCAUUUACUACUGUGCGCUUUUCUGGGAAACUCUGGGAACAAACUGAAUUCUACACAAAAUGUGUUCCGUGAAUGCAAAAAUCCAGCAAACUGUUUCGCAAUGUUUUGGUCUUCAUACGUUCUUCAGGUGAAAUUCAUUCAGACGCACGCACACCGCGGCAGGAUGUACAUUUUAAUGUAACCCAGGGAGAGAGAAACACUUAGCAUUCAUACAAAUCAAGGAAAAGAUAUCAGGUGGUUUCAGGUUUCACAAACGCAGCGAGAAGCCAGGGAGCAGUUGAGGAUUAAGGGCCUUGCUCAAGGGUACACACGGAUGCAAAUAAUGCUCGGAUCCAUCCUGCUAGUCUUCUUGAAGUAGACGACUACUGUGUUUCGAAUAUGUGGGGGAAAUUAAAGUCACUUGAUAUAAAAACCGUUGAUGUUA